GGAAAAACUGUUUUUGAACAUUGUUUGUACUUGGAUUUGGCAAAAAUUGGUCAUUUUUCGUCAUCUUUUGCUCGUGGGUGGUCACAAAAGCAGCUCUGAAGCUCGCAGGAUGACGCUGAAGCACAAAAAUUUGGUUAUUCGCACGGGAAUCGUGUUUAUCAUCACAUUAUUCAUUAGCGGCUCCUCGCAGGGAUCUCCUAACGUAUUUUAUUUGGAGCCAGGAUCGGUAGCGGAAUAUAAUCCCAUUCAGCAUCGCACUCUCGGGUUUCGAGAUAAGCAGUUGCAGAUUUAUUGCUACAAAGGAAAGCCCAAAUACCUCAUAAAUGUCUUCAAUACCAUCACAUUGCGCUUGGAUAUCGAUUCCGAGGAGUUUACGCAGUACGAGGGCUCCGACCCAGAUGUCGUAAAUGCCGCCUUCGAAGAUCAUCGUUCGAUUUUUUCGUUCAAUUUCAUGACCAGCAAGAAGCGUUUGGUGCAUCUGGACCCCUUUAACCAAAGUUGCAUCGGAAUUGACGCCGAUGCCAAGUUCAAAGUUCACAUGCAGCUCAUUCGGGUGGAUUUUUGGCGAGUUUUGUUGCUUUGCGCCGGAUUAUUUGUCUUUUUUUCGGCGCCCAGCUUGAGUGAGAACCCACUUUUUUACUAUUUGAGCGGAGUUUUGGUCGGAAUUUCAGCUUCUUUCCUAAUUGUCGUGUGGCUCGUGAGCAAAUUGAUACCGCGGAAGCCCAUGAUGUACGGCGCUCUCAUCGGCGGUUGGGGAUUAUCGUUUUAUUUCGGGCAAAUGGUCUACGAGAACAUUCGGGUGAUCCUCGUGACGCACCAAAUGUACGUUUUUUGGUAUGUUUUCGUCAGUGGCAUCAUUUCGUUCGUCGUUUGUUACCGCAUGGGACCUCCCAAGAACGAACGGAGCAAAAAUCUGAUCAAAUGGGGCUUGCAAACAGCUGCCAUGUUGCUAAUUUUCUACUCGAGUCACUUCCAAGAAGCCACAGUUGGUAUUAAUAUCCUCAUCGCGCUCAUUUAUCACUUCCCCGUGCAGUAUAUCAACAAGACGAAGACCUACUGGAAGCGACGUUUCCCCCCAAAACGACGUUUUUUGACGGAAGAAGAGUAUUUGGAGCAAGGCGCACGCGAAACAGCCAAAGCUCUUGCUGAACUUCGUGAAUUUUGUUCCUCGCCGGAAGCGAAACCGUGGAAAACGAUGCUGAAAUUGCGAGAUCCAGCGAGAUUUGCGUCGUUUAUUGAGGGAGAUUCGCAUUUGGAUGACACGGAAAUUUUGGAUUACGAGACGACGCAGGCUACGUUCACGGAUAACGAGAGUGGCGAUGAGAAUUUGUCGGAAGAUGAGAGUGACGAGAAGAUGAGUCGCGAUAGUGAGGCGGAAAUUAGUGAAGAUGAGCAAGAUGCGGUUGGAAGGAGGAAUACGAGGCCUGUGGGAUGGGCUUACGAUAGAUUUUCGCGAACGAAUGGAUAUUCGCCGAUAGUGAAUGGAAGGCACAGUAAUGGGAGAAGUAGUUCGACACCGUUGAGAAAUCAUUCGACGCCAACGCAGAGGAGAAGCGCGUCGCGACAAAGUGCGUCGAGAACAGAAACGACGAGAAGGAGGUAGAAAAUUUAGUUUGGAAUAGGAUUUUUUUCGAUUAAAUUGUGUGAGAUUAAGAGACAAUAAAGUUUUUUUUGUUAAAAUAU